UAAUAAUAGUAGUAACUCUAGAGAUUUAUAUUUGACUUCUCAUCAUCUUGAAUAUCGUUAAAAAAUGAUUUAUUUGCAAAAGUUAGUUUAUUGAUAAUUAUAUUAAUACAAAUAAUACAAAAUUGAAUCUGCAGCAUCAUCUUACGGUUCUUUGAAAUACUAAAGACUGGUGAUAUCUUGUUGAUAAAACAGGACACGUAGUUGUUUGUCGCUAGAGGUUAGAAUUGUCAAAACUUAAUACACGAACGCAUGGGCUUUAUGAAACUGCAUACUAUUAAUUAAAUAUAAGUCUUCCAUGGCGGUUUUACACCGAGCGUUGUUCACCUGGUUCAAUUUGCUCAUAUUCUUAAUUCUGUUGGUCUUGAGGCUUGAUCAGAGAAUACAAUGGAAUUGGUUCAUCGUUUUCAUUCCAAUGUGGCUUUACGACAACAUUCUUCUUAUUUAUAUUGUUUUCAACAUGAUUACGUACUGCAAGAAUGGACAUACCUUUAGUCUGCAACGAGAAACGCGGUACAUGGUAGCUGUGAUCUUGAAACUAUGUGCUCAGAUCUUAAUUUGUCUGAAAUUGGAGGCCCCUCAAUGGUCUCUACCAGCCAAAGCGGUACUGGCACCAUUCUGGCUACUUUUUCCAUUAUUAGCCGUAGAUGUUAUUUUCCAUUUGAUGCUGCAAACUACAUAUUGACAGUGGAUGAGGUUCAG